GGUCCGGGCGCUGCGGCAGCGGUGCUCGCUCCACUGCAGCACCCCGUUCUAGCGGGCUCUGGUGUGCCUUAGCUCCCGACAGUGCCAUGAUCCGGCAGGAGCUCUCCACAUCCUACCAGGAGCUGAGUGAGGAGUUGGAUCAGGUAGUUGAGAACUCAGAGCGGGCAGACGAGCAGGAAAAGGAGAGAGUCAAAGUCCAGGGUUCAGGAAUCUUACCAGCCCUUGACAGCGAGUCUGCUUCCAGCAGCAUCCGCUUCAGCAAGGCCUGCCUGAAGAACGUCUUCUCCGUCCUGCUCAUCUUCAUCUACCUGAUGCUCAUGGCCGUGGCCGUCUUCCUGGUUUACCAGACCAUCACAGACUUUCGUGAGAAACUCAAGCACCCCGUCAUGUCUGUGUCCUAUAAGGAAGUGGAUCUCUAUGACGCCCCAGGUAUUGCCCUGUACCCCAGGCAGGCCCAGUUGCUCAGCUGUAAGCACCAUUACGAGGUCAUUCCCCCUCUGAGGAGCCCAGGCCAGCCCGGAGACAUGAACUGCACCACCCAGAGGAUCAACUACACGGACCCCUUCUCCAACCAGACCCUGAAAUCUGCCCUGAUUGUGCGGGGGCCGCGGGAGGUGAAGAAGCGGGAGCUGGUCUUCCUCCAGUUCCGCCUGAACGAGAGUAGCGAGGACUUCAGUGCCAUCGAUUAUCUCCUCUUCUCUUCUUUCCAGGAGUUCCUGCACAGCCCAGACCCGGUGGGCUUCAUGCAGGCCUGUGAGAGCGCCUACUCCAGCUGGAAGUUCUCGGGGGGCUUCCGAACCUGGGUCAAGAUGUCGCUGGUGGAGACCAAGGAGGAGGAUGGGCGGGAAGCGGUGGAGUUCCGGCAGGAGACCAGUGUGGUGAACUACAUUGACCAAAGGCCAGCUGCUGAAAAAAGUGCUCAGCUGUUUUUUGUGGUCUUUGAAUGGAAAGAUCCGUUCAUCCAGAAAGUCCAAGAUAUCAUCACAGCCAAUCCUUGGAACACAAUUGCCCUUCUCUGUGGGGCCUUCUUGGCAUUAUUUAAAGCAGCAGAGUUUGCCAAACUGAGUGUGAAAUGGAUGAUCAAAAUUAGGAAAAGAUACCUUAAAAAAAGAGGUCAGGCAACGAACCAUAUAAGCUGAAAUCGCCUUGUUCAUAGAACUGCCCACGUUAAUGGAAGUUCUCAUCACUUCCCACUUUGAUAAACUGAGCUACCAGCAGCCCCGUGCUCACCUGAAGAAACGGGCCCUACUGGGAGGAACAGCCUGACGGAACAGAUCCAGGACAACCUAAAUGUUAUUUAAGUACUUAAAUUAUUAAUGAACAGUUCUUGACCAUGACAUAUGAAUAGGGUUUGCAGAAGAUGGAAUUAGAUAUAUAUCUGGUUUCUGUAGGUUUGUCAAAGCUGCCUGUCUUCUUUGGUUUGGUGUAUAGUUCAGCUGUACAUGUAACAGGAUAUUAAGGCUCUGCUAUUUACCUUGGGUUUUCCCCGAGGUUUUUAAAGUGGAUGGAAGAGGGUGUGACUAUCCAGAUGUGUAGUUCAUGCUUUGAAACCUGUGCACUUUACGCAAAGAAACACCCUUAUGUCUCUGGUAUCAUCUGCCGUUUACAUCGUCCAGUCUCUGACAAGCUCUCUUAUUUGUUAAAUGAGACUUUUAAAGCUAAUAGAGUAAUUAGAUUUCCUGUGGACUGACUAGCCACCUAUCUGGUUAGAAUUUUUGUUGAUGCAAGUGUAAGAGUUGAGAGUGGUUAAAACGCAAAAGCACUAGUAUGAAUGUACAGAGUAGGUGCUCCUAUUCAAUGUAUUUUGAUGACUUCAUUAACAAGUAAAUAAAAGUUAGGUUAAUA